CAUGACCGGGUUGAUGUCAAUGUCAGGCUGUCGCCACGUAGGAAACCGGUGAACACGAUGGACAAUGUUUCAAUCAGAGAGUCACCGGUAGAACGUAUCCAUCUCCUUGCUGCUAGCACAGCCACCGCCAUUAUUUUGAACCACCUCGGAACCAUGACGACUUCCCCCACUUGCGUGAUCAACAGGACCCUGGCCUUGGCCUGGCAAUUGAGCCAUCUCACCCUCGAUCAAUUGCUACUAGGAAUGGUUCUCGAUAGCAUCAUCUCAUGGCGAAUCACGAGCCCCUUUAAGGCCGAGGAUCCCUUUGAGCCAACUCCCUUCCUCCGCCUGAUCUUCCGAUCUCCCGUCAAGCUCCUACUCUACCACGCCUAUCACAUCCUCACCUCUCUGUACUCACGGCCAGAUCCUCACACGCCUCCUAUCCGCGUUGUCUGCAUUUCCGACACUCACAACAACCUCCCGAAUCCCAGCGAUGUUCCGCACGGCGACAUUCUCAUCCACGCGGGAGACAUGACGAUCGAUGGCAGCAUCGAUGAAAUACAAAAGCAGGUAGACUGGCUAGCGGCGCUGCCACACAAGGAGAUUAUCGCCAUCAGCGGAAACCACGAUACGUAUCUCGACCCGAGGACGCGGCCCUCACUGCGCGAAGACCAACGAACGGGCGCCAUCGAUUGGAAACGGGUACAUUAUCUGCAACACCGACGACUCAGUCUCAACAUCACCGUGGAACCGAAAGUCAAGCAGGAAGGAACGGGAAACGGAUGCGCAGAAUCCACCACCCGUCUGCUGUCUGGAGAAGCGAGACAAAGGCGUAUCGUGGUUUAUGGCGCCCCGCAGAUUCCCGCUUGCGGCCCAAUGUCUGUCCAUGCGUUCCAGUAUCCCCGUGGACUUGAUGCUUGGUCCGAAACGGUACCUGUAGAGACGGAUAUCCUGGUAACACAUACGCCACCGAAAUACCAUAGAGACCUUCCUUUGCCUGAGGGUAUGGGCUGUGAGCACCUGGCUGCAGAGGUCAAGCGGGUGAAGCCGGCAUUGCACGUGUUUGGCCAUGUGCAUUGGGGAGCUGGGCAGGAGGUUGUUUGGUGGGACGGGUGUCACGAUGCGUACGAGAAGGGGAUGGGUAUGAAGCACGGCUGGAUGAGGGGACUGCUGAGUCCAUGGCUGUGGCUCUGUACGGUAAGAGUGCUGUACAGAGGGCUGAGAGAGCUUGCUUGGGACCGGGUUUGGGGAGGGCGUGGUGAGAGGACGGUCAUGGUCAAUGCAGCACAGAUGAAAGGCAAUACUGGGCAGUUGGGUAAUAUUGUGCAAGUCGUUGAUAUAUAA